CAAAUAAAAAAUAGGGCACCCAUAGAAAAAAAGUUGAAAGAACAUUAUGUUCGAAAUUAGAGAGAUUCUUACUCUUGCGAUUGAUUAUCCUGCAAAACAACUUUAGUCUAGGAGAGAUUUUUCAGUUUACGUAUUUUAUAUUAGUUGAAUGAGGCUAGAGAGCAUCUGUGAGUUCCACAUUUCAGCCCCAAUUGGGCUGCGCUAACAAGCUUUUCUAUUCAUCUCUACCUAUACCCUCAUACUAUGAAUGUGAGUUUCUGGUUCUAUUCCUAGGAGCUCGAAACCUACUGCCAGUUCCUGUUCAUAAGAACCCGACAAUACAUAGUGUUUUGUCAUGAAGUAGAUGUCGAGAGAAAUUUUAAAGUGAGUUUCCUACGUCACACUCUUCAUCAAAUGUAAAGAUAUAUACUUAUACCUUAUAGUAUUGAAGUUAUGUGAUAUAUGGUAAUGUACCAAAAUAACUUCGAUUCCUCAACUCUAAGAAUACAUAUUUCAUUUGAGAGUAACGAUGUAAUUACUUCUGAACAUAAUACUUAGACUGUAGAAGACAAUAGAUCUUACUUGAAUAUUGUAUAGGGGUAUUAAUGACCUUUCACUCGAGAUACCAGUUGUAAUAGUAUUAUGAUAUCGAUGAGAAAUCAUUAAAAUUUUUCUAUUUUUCAGUUUAUUAGUCGACGAAAUGAAGCUGAUAAAGUUAUAGUAUUUGAACGUGGUGAUCAUGGUUUAAUAUUUAUAUUUAAUUUUCAUGGACACAAUAGUUUUGCUGAUUAUCGUAUUGGAUGUGGUCAAAGUGGAAAAUAUAAAGUUGUACUUAACUCAGAUGCAAAAUCAUUUGAUGGUCAGGAAAGAAUUAGUAAUGAACAAAUAUUUUGUACCGAAAAUGUCAAAUGGGAUGAAAGACCAUUUUCAUUUAGAGUUUAUACUCCAAGUCGUACUGGUUUUGUUCUUGCUUUGGUUGAUGAUAAAAAGUGA